AUGAUGCAAACCAUUACUGCUAGAACACGUAAGAUUGUUUGUCUUUUGAAAAACUAUGAAGCACACGCAAAGGAAAUGCAAGGAGCUGUUCCUUCAUCACCAGAAUUCUUUUUAAAGCCAACCACUUCAAUUGUUGUUCAUGAAAAGGAUGGCAAAAAUCCAAUUCACAUUUCAUCCAUUUCUCAUCUCACUCAAGAUGUUCAUCAUGAAGUUGAGUUGGGAGUUGUGAUUGGAAAGAGAGGAAAGAACAUUUCACAACAAGAUGCAUUUUCACAUGUGAAGGGUUUCUUUGUUGCUUUGGAUUUGACAGCUAGAGAUUUACAAAAUAAGGCCAAGAAGAAUGGAAAGCCAUGGACUGUUGCAAAGGGUUUUGAUGAUUUUUGUCCAAUUGGUUCAGAAAUGAUUGAAUCGACAAAUCUUGUACAAGAUGGAAAGUUGAAGAAUUUGACAAUUUUCAUUAAGAUUAAUGGACAAGUUAAACAACGUGGAUUUACUAAUGAUAUGAUUUAUAAUGUACCUCAAGCUAUUGAGGCAAUCAGUCAAGUAAUGACUUUGGAAGAGGAUGAUCUUAUUUUGACAGGUACUCCAGAAGGUGUUUCUCAAAUUAAUUCUGGAGAUGUUUUGGAAUUUGGUGUGGAAGAUGUUACUCCAACUUAUCAAUUCAAUGUUGUUUAAUAUUAUUGAGCAGCUUUUAUACUAUAAACUAUUGAUUGUAAUUCCGUUUAC